ACGCCCUAAGUCGGAAGUGACGGAGGCGAGCUAUCGCGUCGGAGCUACCUCUAUGGUUUUCCUCUCGUUCUUGAGUCGGGAAAUGGCCGCUGUGUAGUUACGACGGAGCUUAGUCCCGGGAACUGCAGUUCAUCGUGUCAGGAAUUUUAAUUUAGAGUGUAAUUUCUCAGAACAUUCUCUCCAGGAAGAACUUUACAGUAUUUAAAGGCUUCACUGACUUCUUGAUCCUGUAUAAUAAGCCCAAGGUGGUAUAUCUGCUUCUUCACUUCUGUAAACACCUCUGCUAAGACUCAGAACAUAACAGAGCCAUUUUAAAACAAGACAAACGGCCCUGCUACUUAAUCCAUCUUCCCUAAUGCAAACAAGAGGAGUUUCAUAACUUAACUUUUUUCUCUACUUUGGUUUUUAAGGAGAAAAGAAAUGGGUCGCUCCAAUUCUAGAUCACAUUCUUCAAGAUCAAAGUCUAGAUCACAGUCCAGUUCUCGAUCAAGAUCAAGAUCACAUUCUAGAAAGAAGAGAUACAGUUCUAGGUCUCGUUCCAGGACAUACUCAAGAUCUCGUAGUAGAGAUCGUAUUUAUUCUAGAGAUUAUCGUCGAGAUUACAGAAAUAAUAGAGGAAUGAGACGACCUUAUGGGUACAGAGGAAGGGGUAGAGGGUAUUACCAAGGAGGAGGAGGUAGAUAUCAUCGAGGUGGUUAUAGACCUGUCUGGAAUAGAAGGCACUCUAGGAGUCCUAGACGAGGUCGUUCACGUUCCAGGAGUCCAAAAAGAAGAUCAGUUUCUUCUCAAAGAUCCCGAAGCAGAUCUCGUCGGUCAUAUAGAUCCUCUAGAUCUCCAAGAUCAUCCUCAUCUCGCUCUUCAUCCCCAUAUAGCAAAUCUCCUGUCUCUAAAAGACGAGGAUCUCAGGAAAAACAAACCAAAAAACCUGAAGGGGAACCCCAAGAAGAGAGUCCUUUAAAAAGUAAAUCACAAGAAGAAACAAAGGAUACAUUUGAACAUGAUCCAUCUGAAUCUAUUGAUGAAUUUAAUAAAUCAGCCACAUCAGGUGAUAUAUGGCCUGGCCUUUCUGCUUAUGAUAAUAGUCCCAGAUCACCCCAUAGUCCUUCACCUAUUGCUACACCACCUAGUCAGAGUUCAUCAUGCUCUGAUGCCCCCAUGCUUAGUACAGUCCACUCUGCAAAAAAUACCCCCUCUCAGCAUUCACAUUCCAUUCAGCAUAGUCCUGAAAGAUCUGGUUCUGGUUCAAUUGGAAAUGGAUCUAGUCGCUACAGUCCUUCUCAAAAUAGUCCAAUUCAUCAUAUCCCUUCACGAAGAAGCCCUGCAAAGACAAUCACACCACAGAAUGCUCCAAGAGAUGAGUCUAGGGGACGUUCUUCGUUUUACCCUGAUGGAGGAGAUCAGGAAACUGCAAAGACUGGGAAGUUCCUCAAAAGGUUCACAGAUGAAGAAUCUAGAGUGUUCCUGCUCGAUAGGGGUAAUACCAGGGAUAAAGAAGCUCCAAAGGAGAAAGGAUCAGAGAAAGGGAGGGCAGAGGGAGAAUGGGAAGACCAGGAAGCUCUAGAUUACUUCAGUGAUAAAGAGUCUGGAAAACAGAAGUUUAAUGAUUCAGAAGGGGAUGACACAGAGGAGACAGAGGAUUAUAGACAAUUCAGGAAGUCAGUCCUUGCAGAUCAGGGUAAAAAUUUUACUACUGCAUCUCAUCGGAAUACUGAGGAUGAAGGAACCAAGUACAAGUCCAAAGUUUCGUUGAAAGGCAAUAGAGAAAGUGAUGGAUUUAGAGAAGAAAAAAAUUACAAACUCAAAGAGACUGGCUACGUAGUAGAAAGGCCAAGCACUGCAAAAGACAAGCACAAGGAAGAAGACAAAAGUUCUGAAAGAAUAACAGUAAAGAAAGAAACACAGUCACCUGAGCAGGUAAAGUCUGAAAAGCUCAAAGACCUCUUUGAUUACAGUCCCCCUCUACACAAGAAUUUGGAUGCACGAGAGAAGUCUACCUUCAGAGAGGAGAGUCCCCUUAGGAUCAAAAUGAUAGCAAGUGAUUCUCACCGUCCUGAAGUCAAACUCAAAAUGGCACCUGUUCCUCUUGAUGAUUCUAACAGACCAGCCUCCCUGACUAAAGACAGGCUGCUUGCUAGUACACUUGUCCAUUCUGUCAAGAAGGAGCAAGAAUUCCGAUCCAUCUUUGACCACAUUAAGUUGCCUCAGGCCAGCAAAAGCACUUCAGAGUCGUUUAUACAACACAUUGUGUCCUUGGUUCAUCAUGUUAAAGAGCAAUACUUCAAAUCACCUGCAGUGACCCUAAACGAGCGGUUCACUUCAUAUCAGAAAGCCACUGAAGAACAUAGUACCCGGCAAAAGAGCCCUGAGAUACACAGGAGAAUUGACAUCUCUCCAAGUGCCCUGAGGAAGCAUACCCGUUUAGCAGGAGAGGAGAGAGUUUUUAAAGAAGAAAAUCAGAAGGGAGAUAAAAAACUAAGGUGUGAUUCUGCUGACCUUCGGCAUGACAUUGAUCGCCGUAGAAAAGAAAGAAGUAAAGAACGGGGGGAUUCCAAGGGCUCCAGGGAAUCCAGUGGAUCAAGAAAGCAGGAAAAAACUCCAAAAGAUUACAAGGAAUACAAAUCUUACAAAGAUGACAGUAAACAUAAAAGCAGAGAGCAAGAUCGUUCUCGGUCUCCGUCCUCUUCAGCAUCACCUUCCUCUCCCAGUUCUCGGGAAGAGAAGGAGGGUAAGAAGGAGCGAGAAGAGGAGUUCAAAGCCCACCAUGAGCUGAAAGAGUACUCUGGCUUUGCAGGAGUCAGCCGGCCACGUGGAACCUUCUUUCGAAUUAGAGGCAGAGGAAGAGCCAGAGGAGUUUUUGCUGGGACAAAUACUGGUCCAAACAACUCAAAUACUACUUUUCAAAAGAGACCGAAGGAAGAGGAAUGGGAUCCAGAAUAUACCCCAAAGAGCAAGAAGUACUUCUUGCAUGAUGACAGAGAUGAUGGUGUGGAUUACUGGGCCAAAAGAGGAAGAGGUCGUGGUACUUUCCAGCGUGGCAGAGGGCGCUUUAAUUUCAAAAAAUCAGGUAGCAGUCCAAAAUGGACCCAUGACAAGUAUCAAGGGGAUGGAAUCGUUGAAGACGAAGAAGAGACUAUGGAAAAUAAUGAAGACAAGAAGGAUAGACGCAAAGAAGAUAAGGAAUAGUAACUCUGAAGUAAGAUUGCUACAGAGAGCAGAACUUGCACUCAACAUUUUUUUACCUGAAUUUUGUUUUCAAAUAAGAAUGUAAGCAUUUUACUUAAAUUUUACUGUUUGCAAGUAGUCUAUAGAAAUUUUGUUUUAAGUCUUCAGAUACCUUGGAAAAUAGUAGACUGUAUGUUGAAAAUUGUAUUGAAAUAAAGUAGAAAAUUGUUAUGUACCUUAUUUGUAACUCAACUUUUAAAAGUACUUUUACUGUUUUUGUUAUUUGCAUUGUAAUUCUGCUUUGUCUAUAAGAUUUGGUCAAGUACAGCUCUGUGAAAGUUCUGAUUCUCUUCCUUCCCUGUUUGUUAAUGUUUAUUCUGAAGUAAACGUUAGCUCUACAUACAAAUCCGUAAGCAGAAAUUGUUUAUAGUGACCACACUAAUUAUUUUAACUGUGUACAUCUGUUUAACAUCUUACGGUAAUUUGAACACUACAUUUGUAGGGUAACUAAUUUUUGAAGUGUACCACAAAAAUUACUACUUUGAUAAAUUAUUACUUUUAACACUUCAGCAAAUAAGGAAAAGAUGCUUUGCCAAUAGCUUAAAACAUACCAACUGUUAAAGGCUGGAUUAAAAGAUUUGAGAAAAUAUUUUUAUUGAAAGCAAGCAGUGGCCUGGAAAACCAUUCUUAGGAGUUCAAAAUUCAGUGUUCUUUUGAUUCUCUUUUGGUAGCUUGAGUCAUGGUCUUAGUGUAGCUGGUUAAGAGGGGGAACUGAUUUAUAAUAACAUAACAAGUAAAAUGUCCCACUCCCACAGAAUAUUUUAGUAUGAAAAAGGAAAGAAAGCAAAAUCUGUAACCCUAAUCUUGGUAUGGAGAGGAUUAUCCUGCAGAAUAGAUUGAAGUGUCCAGUAGCUAAUUUCAUAGAUUAUAUAUUAUUUGAGCUUUUGGGUAGCUGAAAAUUAGUAGUAUAACCAUAAGAAAAAACAGACAAAUAUAAUUGUUCAUUAGUAACUGUAUUCUGAUCAUCAAUAAAAGGUGCAGGAAGCUUGCCCUAGCACUGAGCGAAGUUUUUUUUCUCACCUUAUUUCACUUCCAGUUUGUAAAACAGUGUUUCUUCUCUCCAAGAAGCGUUCUUUCCUUUAGUUAGAUAAUCUUUUCCAAUGUAAAUUACUUUUUUGUUUGUAACUCUUAAAAGAAUGAAAAUCUGAAGUAGUGAGCUUCAUAUUUAAGUCCGUCUAUAUAAAUAC